CUGCUGCAAUGAUGUGGAGAGCCAUAGGCACAUCGGGACCUACAGUGGAGAAGGUGCUGCCAGCUCUGCUCUGUGUGAUGGAGGAUUGGCCUCUGCACAGCACGCUCACCUCGGAUGGGGAUGACACAGAUGUUUUUGUACUGGCUGCAACUCUGGUGAUCUGGGUGAUGAUCCAGCUGCCAAAGGGCCAGAAGGCCAUGAUGAUGCACGCUUCCGAACCUCUGUUUAUGGCUCUGCUCAUGCAAGAUGUCAUCACCUCACAGCAGAUGCCAAAAGCAGUUGAUAAAUUCUGGAGAGCGUGCCAGGAGGAACACCGCCUUCCCAGCAAGCCCAACAGGUUUGCACUGCAGACCAUGCAGGCUCUGCUGACAACCAGCACUAAGCCGUGGGACGGCUGGCCAGGUGAGACCCGCAUUUCCCCUCCCUCCCCGACAUUUGUGCUCUGUGCCCGCCCCGACCCUUCCCUCCCGCCGCUCUCCGCCGCUGGCAGAGGACAGGAGCCGAGCGGCCGAGCACCUGCGCCAGGCGCUGCCGUACCUGGACAGCCCGCAGGAGCCCCUGCGAGAGGCGGCCGUCAGGUUCAUGGCCCUUCAAGCCUUGAGAAGAGAUGACAGCCCUUCCAAGACAAACAUAGUUGUUCAACAGCUAUUCAGUGGAAGAGCUGCAGAACCAAGCUCAUCUGCAGGCUCAGAAGAACCAGCAUCCCAUUUAGACCUCCAGAUGCCAUGGAAGAUUAGGCUACCUGGAGAUCCGAAGAGACCAGCUGGAGCUCCAGGCAGAGCUGAACUUGUGGAAGCUUGCAUGGCUUCAGCCCUCUCCCCACUUGUAGAUAGAUAUCACUGACCAGCCUUAAGACACUGCUCAUCUCCUCUUCUUCCUUCCACUAUUCCUCCCUUUUGACUGCUCCCUCCUUCCAUCCCUCAGACUGUGCCCAUCCCUUUUUUCUCUUCCACAUUACUCCACCCCUCCAACCCUCAGACUAUGCCCAUCCCCUUUUUUUCCCCUUCAGCUCAUCCCUUUGCUUUGCCU